UUUCUGGCUGUCAACACGGUGUUUACACUUACACGGAACAGUGCUGCACAGAAACUAUACUUCUCAGCAGCUCGUCGCAGGUUUCCUUCCUUUAUUGACUGAAUAGCUGUAAAUGGGACAGUUUGUAGGGUGACUGUCGCCUGCCAGGGUAGAGCCCCGACGGAAAGCCGGUCACUGCUGGUUUCAUUGUAAAGGAAGACGAGGGAGCGGAGAAGCGGCCGUCGACGACCAUGGCAGCGGCGACCGUGGUGGAGGCUGAUCCCUCGGCCGGUGAAGGUGGAGCCGCUUUCUCCGGCGUCCAGGACAGAGGCUGGGACGAGUCUCAGCUCCGAAAAUACUGCUUCCCGACCAACCCGAUCCCGAGGCUGUCUCAUACGGACCCCAGAGCCGAGAUGCUCAUAAACAACGAGGAACCAGUGGUAUUAACGGACACAAACCUUGUGUAUCCAGCUCUAAAAUGGGACAUUGGAUACCUCCAGGAGAACAUUGGAAAUGGAGAUUUCUCUGUUUACAUUGCAGAAAACCACAAGUUCCUCUACUAUGAUGAGAAAAAAAUGUCCAACUUUGAGAACUUUGUCCCUAAGUCACAACGAAUGGAAAUGAAAUUCUCUGAAUUUGUUGAAAAAAUGCAUCAAACUGAAGAAAGCGGAGGGGAGGAGAGGGUAUAUUUGCAGCAGACCUUGAAUGACACAGUAGGGAAGAAAAUUGUUGUUGACUUCCUUGGUUUCAACUGGAACUGGAUCAACAAACAGCAAGCCAAGAGAAACUGGGGACAGCUGACGUCCAACCUGCUGCUCAUAGGCAUGGAAGGCAAUGUGACGCCAGCGCAUUAUGAUGAGCAGCAGAACUUCUUUGCACAGAUCAAAGGCCAUAAGAGAUGCAUCCUCUUCCCUCCAGACCAGUUUGAGUGUCUCUAUCCGUACCCUGUACAUCACCCCUGUGACAGACAGAGCCAGGUUGAUUUUGAAAACCCUGACUAUGAGAGGUUUCCCAAUUUUAAAAACAUUGUUGGCUAUGAGGCUGUUGUCGGCCCUGGAGAUGUGCUCUACAUACCAAUGUAUUGGUGGCAUCACAUUGAAUCACUACUGAACGGUGGAGUGACGAUCACUGUAAACUUCUGGUACAAAGGUGCCCCCACGCCUAAGAGGAUAGAAUACCCUCUGCGCGCUCAUCAAAAGGUCGCCAUUAUGAGAAAUAUCGAGAAGAUGCUGGGAGAAGCACUCGGAGACCCACAUGAAGUUGGACCUUUACUGAAAAUGAUGAUCAAGGGCCGAUAUGACCAGGGUCUCAGCUAGAGCCUGUUCUUUAAAAAAAAAAAAAAAGAAAAAAAAGAAAAAAAUCACUAGACUGCUUUGGAAAAAUGUAUGCGAGUGAAAAGUGAGACUGCUGCGUGUGAAAUACUGCAUCCAUGACUUCGGAGCUACGUUAUCUCUGCAUGGCAAUAAGCGGCCAAUCUUGACACCAUCUUGCUUCUGUCAUCUUUCUCCGAGUGCCAUCAUCAUCGCAAGUACAACUACAAACGAAGAAAGUUUCGACCAACUGGUGGGAAUCAGCCCUACGUGAAGAAGAGGCUUAAAUCAGAUCUGAUCUUUUUAUGUCUUGGUAUAUUUAUGUGAAUCAGUGUUCCCUCAGCAUCACAGAUAAGGGGUACAAAUGCUCCUCCAGUUUGUCAAGUUGUCCAAUAUCGGUACCUUUGGAGCAACCUUUAUAAUUCGACUUAAAGAAGUAGUAUCUGUACAAACCAGAGUGAAGCAAGGGCUUGAUUCCUAAAUAUGGAGGCUCCAUAUUGUACCUUCUUUUCUUACCAUGACACCUUUAUAACAGAUUUGCUUCAUACCCUUCAGGAUGACAGGUCUUUUUGGAGCAUUUCUCUGUGUAAUCUGCAUUGUCUCUAGGCCCUACUAGGCCUUGUGCUGGGGAGUGAUCAGCAAGAAAAAAA